GUCCUAUAGUUUAAACUGGUCUGGCGCGGACAGGAGGUUGUUUUGGUAAGGAACCGAGACUGAGAUGGGGGUGAUGACUGCGGAAACGGAGGAAAAAGGGGAUUCAUAUGUGUGCGGGGAAAAGAAGUUCGUUGUGCCGCACCCUCCGUCUAUUGAGGAUUUCUGCAUCAUUAAACCCAUCAGUCGCGGCGCAUUUGGGAAGGUGUAUCUGGCCCGUAGGAAAAACAACAGCAGGUUGUUCGCUGUCAAGGUGGUAAAGAAGGCUGACAUGAUAAAUAAGAACAUGGUUCAUCAGGUGCAGGCAGAGAGAGAUGCUCUGGCUAUGAGUAAAAGCCCCUUUAUUGUACAUUUGUACUAUUCACUGCAGUCUACUAACAAUAUAUACUUGAUCAUGGAGUAUCUCAUUGGGGGGGAUGUGAAAUCACUGCUUCACAUAUACGGGUACUUUGAUGAAGAUAUGGCCAUCAAAUACUCCUGUGAGGUUGCAUUAGCUCUUGAUUAUCUACACAGACAUGGUAUAAUUCACAGGGAUCUAAAACCCGAUAACAUGCUGAUUUCCAAUGAGGGCCACAUUAAACUAACAGACUUUGGUCUCUCUAAAGUCACCCUCAAACGUGAGAUUAAUAUGAUGGAUAUUUUAACAACUCCGUCAAUGGCUAAACCAAACCGUGAUUAUUUCCGUACCCCAGGACAAGUUCUCUCUUUAAUAAGCUCUCUGGGCUUUAACACCCCAGCUAGAGGUAAAACGCAGACUCCUGUCUCCCCUGUAAGAUCUAUGCCUUCUGAAGCAGCACAAGGGACUUUUUCUUCUCCAUCUUUCAAGAAAAAGAGAGACCGCUCUGUUAAUUAUAGCAAGCUUCUUAUAUCCUGUCCUGAGGUUAAAAUGUCAAGUCCUACUGUGCCAGCUAAAUGCCUUACCCCCAGCCUGCAAAAGUUCAGGCCACGAUUUGGUUCUUCCAGCACAAGCAGUCAGUCGCGUAUUGGCUUGUCUAGCAUGGAGUCUGAUUGCUGCAGUAGUCCAAGGUGGGAAAAUGGCAGCCAGGACCCUGAUGAACCUGUAUUUUUGGGCUCCAGCAGAUUCAGGAACAGCUUGUCUGAUAAAUCAUUAGGCAAGAAACACAUACGCAAGUCUGUCACCCAGAGCUUGAAAAUGAAGGAGUUGGAGAGUGCCCUAUCUCCUAUUGUAAACCGCAGCAAUACUCAAAAAUCGGAGACACAAGAUGAAACUGGUAUUCUGGGUUACACCCCUGUUGCUCAGAAUGCAAAAGGUUUUAUAAGGAAAUGUCUUUAUGAAAACGCAACUCAGGACAACAAGGAGAAUUUGAUUAAGGAUGGUGUAAAAGAACUGGAAAAGUUAUCUAGAUCUCCAGAAUCGCCUCAGUGGCUGAACGGUUCUACCUUAGAUCCCAGAAAAUGCAGUGCAGAAGAGAUGUCUGAAAAAACAGUAGGCAAAAGGGGCUAUGAGCUUGUAGACAAGAGCCCUGGUCAAGAAUAUCAAGUUAAGAAAAGCAAUGCAGAAUAUAAACGUGGCUGUGAAAUAGCCAAUGUUCAACCAAACCAAAGUACUGGUUUAACAAUGGUAAUAGAUGACCUCUUACUUGCUGACGUCAAAAGUCAUAAAGAGGUUGACACUGAUGGUAAAAUGGCAGAUAAGGAAUAUGUUAAUGAUCCUGUGACCCCAGAGAAGUUAAACCUUGGCAGUACAAUUGCCAAGAAUUUGUUGUGUGAACUAGAUGAAUACUGUGAACGGGACAACAAAAUAGAUAUCUUGAACACAGAGAUUAAUGUACUUGGAACAUCUCCAAAAAGAACAAGCCAGGGUUCAGACACUUCUAUUGCUAAUAUGUCUAUUACAGAAAACCAGAUGGAAAAAGAUCUUUUCAUGGUAGAUAAAAGCAUGAAAGAACUUUCAUUUGAGGAGAUUGAAAAUAAAAGUGAAAAUGGCUCAAUACAAGAGGAUCCUGGUAUUACUGGAGGAGUAGAAAAAUCAGAGGAAGAAGUUAGAAAUUCUACACAUGCUGAAAUAGGAAGGAUACCUGGGCACAAUGAAAUUUGUGACUCCCCAACUCUGCCAAGAACAUUGACCAAUAACAAAAAGAAACCUGUGGUAGCUUUUAGAAGUUACAACAGCCCUAUAAAUGGAUCCAAUAUCUCCGAACCCUCUAAGAUCAGCAUGAGUUCUAUGGACAAAAUAAAUUUCUCACUUGUUUACACUGGUUCAUAUCCUGUGGCCGUUACUCCAGCACAGAAGGAUAGAUCCUUCAAGACUUUGCAGGGACCCUCUGAGACUCCUUACAGAACUCCAAAAAGUGUUAGAAGAGGAGGGGCCCCAGCUGAAAUUGAGAAAGUUCUUGGAACACCAGACUACUUGGCACCUGAACUACUACUUGGGAAAACUCAUGGACUCCUGACAUGUGGUCCUUCUGUGGACUGGUGGGCCCUUGGGGUUUGCCUUUUUGAGUUCCUAACUGGAAUCCCUCCAUUUAAUGAUGAAACCCCAGCCCAAGUUUUUCAGAAUAUUUUAAAAAGAGACAUUCCUUGGCCAGAAGAUGAUGAAACCCUUUCUGUCAAUGCUCAGGGUGCUAUAGACCUACUUCUGACAAUAGAUAUUGCAAAGAGAGCUGGACUGAAAGAGCUAAAAGUUCAUCCCCUUUUUCAUGGCAUUGUAUGGGAGGACCUGCACAAGCAGCCAAUGCCGUUUAUUCCGCAGCCUGAUGAUGAGACAGACACUACUUACUUUGAAGCCAGAAAUAAUGCUCAGCAUCUCAAAGUCUCCGGGUUUAGCUUAUAGAAUAGUGCUCCUACUUUGUGCUAUAUUUCCUGUAUGUGGUGCUUUUAGUUGUUAAUUUGCCUAAGGGAGCUUGCAGUAUUAUGAGCAAGGCAGCUCUCUGCCAAUGGAGGUGUUUAGUGCCUUUACCAUGUAAAGUUUUAAUUUAAGCUAUUUGGUAAAUAAUAUAUUUUUAAUAUAUGUGGAUUUUCAAGUUUAAAAUAAGUUUAAUUUAAAUGUCAUUCUAACAAAAAUAUAACAGAUGUAUUUUCUGCCCUGAAGCACAUAUCCAAAAGUUAUGCACCUUACACUGUAACAUUUGUACAUUUAUCAGCUGUAAAAUAAAGUAAUUGAAUCUUGUAUAUAAA